AUGGACGCCCAGAACAUAUUCCCCAUGAUCGAACAAGUCAAAGACAAUCUGAAAUUCAUCACACGGCCGCACACAAACGACUCGGAUGCAAUUCUCCUCACCCUUUAUGCAUCACUUGCUGUCCACCGCUGCUUUGAAAAGGGAAAACUCUAUCGAUCAUUCCACAGAGCGCUCCCAGCACACAUCGUGUCGGGCUUUCUCGAGCUUGUUUUGUACUAUAGUGACUUGGAAUGCUCCGCCCUGGCGGUAGUCGCCUGUUUUGUCCACUCCCUCACAUCCUUGGUAUUGGUCCACAGGCUGCCCAAUGGCUACCCUCCGCACACUCGUCCUGCCUAUCAGGCCGGCUCGACCCUACGGCUAGUUUGGAUUGUCCAGGCCUACCUCACAAAGGCCCCAAUGGACUACCACGACGCAAUCAUGCCGAUACAUGGCUUUGUCUACACGCGAUCACUGCUGUUCCUCUUCGGCCUCAUCGAGAAAUCUGCCUCACCCAAAGACAACAGGAGCGCACAGGUUUCCUACGCCGAAGCCGUGAUCUGUGCCGGGUGCAUUUCCGUCAGUCACUGUGGCCAUCCUUGGGCGGUCUGUCUCUAUCUGGGAGUAUUUACCCUGUGCGGUGGGCUUGGCCAAUGGACUUCAGGAAGACCGUGCUUCCAGAAAUCAGAAGCUGGCCCAACCGAUGUCGGCUGUCGGCAAAACACCCCCAGGCCCCUGUCUGCUGUCCUAGAGCAGCAGACUCGAAGAGUCGUUGCCAUGGAGAGUCCUCAUAAUACGCAUCGAGACGACAGGAUGAUGUGA